CGCGAGUUUCACUCAAAAAGUGCACUUUGUUAAGGAUUCUUACAAAUAGGAUACCUCCGAAUAAGAGAGAAAGAGAGAGGGAGAGAAAGAUCACGCGGAAUCAACCGGAGAACGAGAGAAUCGCAUUAUCCUUACGACACGCACGCGCCGUCUGCUGCGAACCAAGCGCGACAUUUAUCGGCGCGGAGAAAGCAUCUAGUUUUACAAGCCGACAGUUACGGAGUACGUCGUGCACCAUGUGUUCGUAUCAUUUCGGCAGACUCGACUGAUCGUCUUCUCCAACUUGGCGAUUGGGGAAAAGAGAAAGAAAGAAGGAAGCACCUUUGAAAGAAAGGAGACGAAUAAUCGGCCGAGCCAGCAGAUGUGAGACAGCCGUAAAGUAAACUGAACCGAUUGGACGCGAAGGAAAAUCACGUCGAGAAGAACGAAGAGAGAGAGAGAGAGAGAGAGAGGUGCCUUGCUGGGCGGAAAGUACCGAGCGUGUACCAAUGUGUCCAGGAUCGUACGAUGGCUGGGGCCUUGUCUGAAAGUGCCCCGAGACCUGUGAGCGUUGUCGCUGUUAACAAUACCGCCGUGGACGACGUCGGAAACAACGUCGUCCAACGUGCCAAUCACGAAGCGCGAGACAACGUUCGGUCCUUCAUUUCGACGGAGGCACAGACAGAGCUAGCACUCGACGAGACAGCCGGCGGUGGAUCGGCGGCGGUGUCUGGUCGAGCCGAAGAAGCGUUUUCCGAUGGCGUUCGAGAUGCGAUGGCGCGUAGGCGGGAACGACGAAUGCGUAGGCAACAUCGUCGCGCUUUGAGAUCUUGCACCGUACCGCCGACGUAUCGUACAUCGAGCUGCCAGACUGCUGCGACCGCGCCGGGAGUGCCGUUGGUGCCGCCAUCCGCUAGAGGUUUCCUACAUCCUCCGCCCCCGCACUUGGGCCUCAGGGGUCUCAGUCUCGGUCUACCCUUUCCGGUGCCUGCCAGCGUUUCCGCCUUUGGCAGAGACGCCGUGGCAGUGCCGAAACAAUGCUGUGGCCUGAGUUCUCCGCCAAUACGCUGGUCCAUAUUGGGUGUCGGCUUCGUAGGUCUCGUUUGCACCGGUGCUGGCACUCUUCUCGGCGCCCUGAAAGCCUCCGGUCGUGAUCAUCUCGUAGGGGUGUUCAUGUCCGGUAUAGGAGUGCUUCUAGUGUUGGUGAGUGCAGUCGCCUGGCGGCUGACCAAUCAAGAUUACUGCGGCAGCUUUUUCGGUUUCACCGGCAUUUCCGGUAGGAUACCUCCCACGAGACCGAUACAUCCGUACGCCGCCAUGAUCUAUCCGGAAUUCCAGUUUAGAACACCACCGCCGAGUUAUCAGGCUAGUAUGCAAGAAUAUAGACUUCGAUUAUUGUUGCUGGAUCGUUUGCAGCCUGCAUCAUCGCCACCACCGACUUACAGAUCGAACGCGGGAAGCAUCGUGGCACAGGCUCCUUCGGCGCGAGAGAGUCGACCGCCGAGUUACCGCGCUGAAUCUAACCUCGCGCCGAACGCGAGCCUGGUACCCUCGAAAAAGGAUGCGAAUCUCGUUAGGAUCGUCCAAACCGAAUCCGAGCCGGUUAUUCUCAGUGGCGACCAAACGCCACCCGUUACUGCCGUCGAAGUACUGGCGCAUCUUUAGAUCAAGCCACAUAUGCUCGCCUUACUACGACCUAUGGCCAUUUCUUUCAGGGUUUGCGAAAGCGAUUGUAAUUAUGUAUCUAAAGGAGACGACCUUUAAUUAUGUGUAUAAAUUAAUUAAUAUAAGAACAUAGAUGCGUGUGGAAGAGAUGAAAUAUAUCUUUCAGAAAGAGA